CAAUCCUUUAACUGAAGCUUGACGCGCUUGGUCCUAGUAACGUGCGAGGUCACAUCUUGUUUCUCUCUUUUCUCUUGUACUUAUCUGCUCUCUGCUUUACGAUCUGUGUCACGAAUUACUAUGCCUUUCCCAUUUACAUUCAGUUUUUCGGUACCGGGUCUUCACAAUCCCUUUACAUCACGAUCGGCAGUAAAACCGUCCCGGAAAGAUGCACUGCUUGAUCCUGCAGCUGCUAUUUCUCGCCGUAAUCGCGCCUUGCCUCCUCCCCGCUGUGCAUCACCAUCACCAUCACUAUCACCAUUUGUACCACUAAACCGUAAGCGCGGUUGGGUCCCUUCUAUCCCUGAACCCAGCCAAGCUGCCACAAGCGCUGCAUCUACUCGUGGUUAUCUCGACACACCCGCCAAGUACAGAGAUAUAGUGCACGAAGCGCCCGAGAGAGAAAUUGAAGAGAUGUUUGCAGAAUUACCACCCGCCAAGCGGCGUCGCACUCUCGCUGGUUCGAUCGUGUCUACAGCGUUGAGCGCUGCUCUUAUCGGGACUGCUGUUGGUCUCACUGUAUAUCGCCUCUGGCGGGACCGAGGCAAGGAAGCAGAAAGAAUACAACCACUACCACCACCAUACCAUCCGGGUGACUGGGUCCCCGAACAAUACAAGGAUAUUCAAGUUACCCCUCCUACUCCGAAAUCACGCAAACCUCGCCCAACACCUUCCUCUGUUCGUCGCUCUGGCACACGACACCGCAGGACGCGACCUCGCGGUCGACCAGUUACCCCACCACGUAGCGUCUCCCCUGCCCUUAUGGGUCAUCCACCCCCAGAGUUUGAUUUCGUGCAUGUAACCCAAGACGAAGACGAAGAGGAGGUCGAAGCUGAGGCCGACGAAAUGGACUGGAUAGGCGAUAAACUAUCUCAACUGAUACAAGAAGGGCACAGAGCUCUAAACAUGGAGGUUGUAGUCAUGAGCGAAGCGAAGGAGGAUGAGGUGGACGAUGGUUCAGGUGACUGGGAGGAAGAACAGCCUGCCGUUGGUCCAUCCGUCUCCAGGCGCAGUUCCUUCCGACGAACACAUCGACCCCGUGAUAUUCAACCCCCGUCAUACUCUGCCUUCACCGUAUCACCUUCUCCGAGCUCGUCACCUAGGAAGCGCAAAUUUGUUGGCGAAGCUGUACAUCUUUCUCCUGACCGCUCAGAUUUUUCGAGGUUACCGGUACCUAGCACGCCUCGUCGGAUUGCUCGCGACUCGUCGAUGGAUUUUGACGCCGUCCCUACUGUCUCGAGCAGCUUCAAGGAGGAUGAGAGUGCGUGGCAGAGUCCGGAGCUUCGGGAGUCAAUGGAGAGGGCAAGAGCGCAAUAUCUUCAGAGACGGAUGGGUGCACGAUCAUGAUGGAACUUUUCUGAUACAUAUUACUAACUGUAACUGUAUGGCUGCUCUUGUCACUUACUGACUCUUGACGUUACAUAUUAUGAUCUGUGAUUUUUGAGUACAUUCUGUAGCAUUAGAAUAACUUGAGUCAUGCUUUCAUGCGUUGCCACUACGACCUACGUCGACGUAGUUGGCAGUUUUCCAGAAACACCCAAAAAUAAC